AUGGUGGCGCCCAAGUCAGUUGCCAAACUGGCUAAAACGGCCCGCCUCUAUCCCGAAUGGAAGAAGACGCAUUCACCGGACCUGAAGCCCUGGCUGCAUCCCGAACAGCAUACCCUGCGUCCCAUCAACUGGGCCGACGUCAGCGAGUCACCGGACUUUGUGGUCAGCGAGAUUGUGGAGGAGGCGGUGAAUGGAGAGAACGGUGAUGAG